UCAGUGGUCAGGACCCCCAUGGACCCUCACAGAGCAGGAGCAGUGUGCUGGAGAGGACAUGCAGGGGUGGCCAUGGACCAGGUCACCUUCCGGAGUGACACUGUGCUCUCAGAUGUGCACCUUUUGCUGCCGAAUGCUCGUCAUCUCAUGGCUCGGCUCAAUAGCGUAGGACAGCCAGUCUUUGUGUCGAAGUUCAGGAUUCUGCGGGAGAGGGAGCAGGUGGAGGUUCAGGAGUCUGUAAAAAGUGACCCAGAAGUGUUGCUGGACGAUGACGGAGACCUAGAUGUGACGAGGAAGCCCACGCGCACAGUGAGUGACCGAGAAAAGAUUCAUCCGGUCAUCCUCAGCCAAGCCGGAGGGGCUGUUAGUGAUGAAGAGGACGAUGAGGCAGAAGAAGAAGAGUGUGCGAAGGACAUCAUCAGGAUUGAGCACACGAUGGCCACGCCGCUGGAGGACGUUGGAAAGCAAAUCUGGCGCGGAGCUUUCCUGAUGUCUGAUUUCAUCCUCUCACAUCCGGCUGUUUUCCGAGAAGCAACAGUCCUCGAGCUGGGAGCAGGAACCGGCCUAACCAGCAUCAUCAUGGCAGGUGUCGCCAAAACGGUGUACUGCACAGAUGUUGGUGAGGACCUCCUCAGCAUGUGUCAGAGAAACGUGGCUUUGAACAGUCAUUAUACUGAGCCUGCAGAGCGUGGCUUGAAGGUGCGGCAGCUGGACUGGACCGCAGACGAUUUCCUCACAGACACGGACACGGAGUUCGGCUGGAGCGAGGAGGAGGUGGCAGACCUCCAUGACAACACCACUUUCGUUAUCGCAGCAGAUGUGUGCUAUGAUGAUGAUCUCACUGACGCCCUGUUCCGAACUCUAUACCGAAUCACCAGCAACCUGCGUAACCCCUGCACGGCCUACUUCAGCAUAGAGAAAAGAUUGAACUUCACUCUGCGCCACAUGGACGUGUCCUGCGAGGCCUACGAUCAUUUCCGGCUCUGCCUGAAGCAGCUGGCAGACAUGAAGGACGGAAAGAUGAAGUUUACGGUGGAGCCAGUGCCCUGCUCUUUCCCACAGUUCUUCCAGUACGAGCGAGUGGACCAGCUGGAGCUUUGGAAGGUGUCUGCCUCCGCAGUUUAAACUACAUCCGCCCCAACCUCAUCAGACAGUCAAGAGCCUCCCCUAAAAAGGC